AUGUACUAUGGGACCAUUGACCUCAGUAUGGCUACCGUCCAUGAAAUUCUGCAGGCCGCUAUGUAUGUGCAGCUGACAGAAGUAGUGAAAUUUUGCUGUUCUUUCCUCAUGGCAAAAAUUUGCCUGGACAACUGUGCAGAGAUCAUGAGGCUUUUAGAUGAUUUCAGUGUGGAUGUAGAAGGCGUGAGGGAAAAACUCGAUACCUUUCUGCUGGAAAACUUUGUUCCCCUUAUGGCUAGACCUGACUUCCUCUCCUACCUUAGCUUUGAAAAGCUCAAGAGCUACUUGGACAAUGACCGUCUGAGCCGGUUUCCUGAGAUUGAGCUCUAUGAAGCUGUUCAGGCCUGGUUACGGCAUGAUAGGAGACGUUGGAGACACACAGAUAGCAUCAUUCAGAACAUCAGGUUUUGUUUGAUGACCCCAUCCCAUGUCUGUGAGAAGGUAAAAACUUCUGAGUUUUACAGAUAUUCACGUCAGCUAAGGCAGGAAGUGGAGUUGGCUCUAAAUUACUUUCACAAUGUAAGCGAGCAACCUUUGAUGGAUAUGAAAUCCAAUCAUAUUCGUUCAGCAAAACCUCAAACGGCAGUAUUCAGAGGCAUGAUUGGACACAGCAUGGUCAACAGCAAAAUUCUUCUGCUGCACAAACCACGAGUGUGGUGGGAACUUGAAGGUCCUCUCGUACCUCUUCGGCCCGACUGCCUUGCCAUUGUUAACAACUUUGUCUUUUUGCUUGGAGGAGAAGAACUGGGUCCAGAUGGAGAAUUUCAUGCUUCUUCCAAAGUGUUUAGAUAUGAUCCAAGGCAAAACAGCUGGGUUCGGAUGGCUGAUAUGUCUGUGCCUCGAUCGGAAUUUGCAGUGGGUGUUAUAGGGCGAUAUAUUUAUGCUGUUGCUGGUAGGACGCGUGAUGAAACCUUUUACUCUACAGAACGUUAUGAUAUAAUAGAAAACAAAUGGGAAUUUGUGGACCCUUAUCCAGUAAACAAGUAUGGCCAUGAGGGUACAGUUCUCAACAAUAAGCUGUUCAUCACUGGUGGAAUUACAUCCUCUUCAACUUCUAAGCAAGUCUGUGUUUUUGACCCAAACACCAACUGUUGGGAAAACAAAUGUAAAAUGAACUAUGCUAGAUGUUUUCACAAAAUGAUCUCUUACAAUGGAAAGCUCUAUGUGUUUGGGGGUGUUUGCGUCAUACUAAGGGCUUCUUUUGAAUCACAGGGAUGUCCUUCUACUGAGGUGUAUGAUCCAGAAACAGACCAGUGGACCAUUCUAGCAUCUAUGCCAAUUGGAAGGAGUGGUCAUGGUGUGGCUGUACUCGACAAACAAAUAAUGGUACUUGGUGGGCUAUGUUACAAUGGCCAUUAUAGUGACUCCAUCUUAACAUUUGAUCCAGAAGAGAACAAAUGGAAAGAAGAUGAGUAUCCCAGAAUGCCUUGCAAAUUGGAUGGCCUACAAGUAUGUAGUCUGCAUUUUCCAGAAUAUGUUUUAGAGCAUGUGAAGCGUUGCACUUGA